UAUGUUAUCUUGUAACUUUCCUGGGUCAUGCGGAAGGUUUUCACGCGCGUGUGUCAUCCUCUCGGCCGCCAUUGAUAUAAUUUGUGUUUAAACUAGCGGUAGAAAUUGCUUCCAUAUUGCUCAAUGGCCAGUUCAUUUCCAAGUGUAGCCGAGCUUGUUGCGGUUGCUCGGCGUUUGUAUGGGCAGGUGUUCGGGGAAGAGGCUCCUCACAUCGCGGUGUGUGCUCCUGGAAGAGUCAAUCUGAUAGGGGAGCACACUGACUACAACCAGGGAUUUGUCCUUCCAAUGGCGCUGCCCCUGGUGACUGUGGUGGUAGGGAGUCAAACCUCUGGCCAGGAUGUUACUGUGGUAACAGCAACUGAGGAUACCGAUGAGCCUCGGAGGGCGGACUUCAGCCUGCCCAGUGAUGGAUCGCCGCUGUCUCCAGGGUUACCCAGCUGGGCAAACUAUGUGAAGGGUGUUAUACAGCAUUACAGGGCUCCUCCUGUCUCAGGGUUCAGGGCGGUGAUAGCCAGCAGUGUCCCCCUGGGAGGAGGUCUGUCCAGCUCUGCCUCUCUGGAGGUGGCUUUCUACACAUUCCUGCAGCAACUCAAGCCAGAUGACGGAGACAAGGUGCUCAAAGCAGUAGCAUGUCAGCAGGCAGAACACACUCAUGCUGGUGUACCCUGCGGCAUUAUGGAUCAGUUUGUGUCUGUUCUUGGCAGGGAGGGGCAUGCUUUGCUCAUUGACUGCAGGUCCCUGGAGGCCACCCCUGUCCCUCUGGCAGAUUCAGGCCUGGUCAUUCUCAUCACCAACUCCAAUGUGAAACACUCCCUGACCGGCAGUGAGUACCCCAUGAGACGGAGACAGUGUGAGGAGGCUGCCUCCAUCCUGGGAAAGGACAGUCUCAGAGAUGCUACUGUGAAGGACCUGGAGGAGGCAAGGAGCAGAUUGGAUGAUGUAACCUAUCGACGAGCUCGUCAUGUGAUUGAGGAGAUAGAAAGAACUGUCCAAGCUGCUGAAGCCCUGAAGAGAGGAGCCUACAGAGAGUUUGGCAAGCUUAUGUUGGAGAGCCACAACUCCCUGAGAGACUUGUAUGAGGUGAGCUGCAGAGAGCUGGAUGAGCUGGUGUCGGCAGCCAUGGAGGUGGAAGGGGUGUUUGGCAGCCGGAUGACAGGUGGAGGUUUCGGCGGAUGUACUGUGACUUUGCUGCAGGCCCAUGCCAUUGACAGGACUAUACUCCACAUACAGGAGCGAUACAGUGGAACCCCGACUUUCUAUGUCACAACUCCUUCAGAGGGAGCUCGGGCUCUCAGUCUGUCCUGACCUUUGUCAACACAUCUCUGCUAUAUGAGCACAACAGAUUCACUUCACUUUAUAGACUUUGCUAUUUGAUCUUUAUUUUUUUAUUUUCACAGUGAAAAUGAUAUGCUGUUAUGCAGACUGGAUCUGAUUUGAAAAGCACCUGUUAAUGUGAGAAAGUGCUUUCACAGUAAUACAUUGUUUUCCGGUAACAUUUUUAUUAUUCGAUUUUUUUAUUUCUCUCAGAUAUGCAGUGCUUUAUCAUCUAGAUAACUUGUAACAACUGUUUGUAUAAUUAUGACUUACAUGUACUGUAAAAAUACAGGAUCAGUUUAUUAUUACCAUUUGACUUCUAUGGAAUAAAUCAUGUUUAGAAAAUGUGAAACUUUUUUUCUUAAAUCAAUAUUUUUUUAAUAUUAACAUCUAAUGUCUGUGUAAUGUGAAAGAGGUCUCUGGUAGUUAUGAACACAUAAUUAUCAACUCUGCAGCUCUACUGAGCUUUUUAGCCUCUUCUAGCUCAUUGUUUUGGUUUUACAGCACAUUUAGUGUUAGGGUUCAGUCUCAGCGCUUUUAUUUCAGCAAAAAAGAAAACGCUCUGAUAAACCCACCGCACACUACCUGCUCAGCACCAAACAGCAGACUGACAAAGUUAGAGACUAGCUGGUGAACAUAGUGGAACAUUUAGCAGCUACAGAGCCAGAUAUUUUUUAUAGAUGUUUGUGGAGACCAAAAGCAGACUGAAUAUUAUUCCAACAUCCAUCAGGUGGAAACAAACCUGUGUCCAUUGGGAUGAUAAUUGCUCUGUCUGCUGGAUGUGUCAGAAAUAGUUUGAGAACACAUUUGCCAUAAUUGUGUAAGGCAAUAAAAUUUAAGAACUGUAUUUGUCAGCUCGAUUUGGAGUUAUUCUGCCCAAUAGUGGCCAAAAAGAUAGUAACGUUAAUGCUUUAAAGGCCCUGAACACUCACACAGGUGUUUUUAAUACUUCUGGCUAAUUAGAGCUCUACCUACUACCUACUCUCCGGGUAAAAUAUUACGUCAAACUCCCUUUAAGAAAUAGGAUAUAUUAACAAUUCCUUACGUGUCCGCAAAAACACAUAACUCUAGAAACACAAAAUAACAAGCGUCCUAUGUCGACAGUCUUUUUGUCAAUUCGGCAUCAGUAUAAUCCAUAAAGAAACUGUUUCCAUACAAACUUUACAUUUUGUCGCCUCAACUUACCAGCCUCUGUUGUUAAGCUGAGCUAUUUUAGUGGGAGAGGACCAUGGGAAUGAGGCGAACCGUUUCAAAGGUUAAGAUUUCUCACUAAAAUAAUGCUGAUUUGUGGAUCAGAUACAAGUCGAAUUGAACGCUGACUCAUAACGCUGUUAAUUCACUGUCUAUCGUGUGUGUGACGGUAUUUGAGGAGUUUUUUCAGCUGUUACCAAAGUAACUACCCAGUUUGCUGCUUCCCGUUUGGUGCUAGAGAGAUAUAUGCGCAGACGGUAAGAAAAAGGUUUUUUGACAGCGAGGUUUCAUUUGUUUAUUUUUAUUAUUUCAACACGUAUUUGUUGAUGAUGAAAACACUGGGAAAGUUUAUUUAUUUGCUGUGUCCCAUGUAGUAGGUGUAGGCCUAUUAAAUGAGGAAAUCCGCAACUUU